UACAAUAGCAGAGAAAAAGCAUCUUCCAAUCCAAACCCUGAAAUGGACGACAGAGACAAAUCCGAAAAGAGAAGUAGAGAUCGUCACUACGAACGCCAUCGUGACUCCGAUGACCACCACCCUCGCGACUCUGAUGACCACCGCCAUCAUCGAUCAGACAAGCAUCACAAGCGUGACCCUAAAUCCAGGGAUAGAGAUAAGGAUAGGGCUUAUGAAAGAGAAGGAAGCAAGGACAAAGAUAGGGAUAGGAAUAGUGUUCAAGAAAGAGAGAGUAGGUCGAAGGUGAAACGUGAUGAGGAGAGGGAAGAUUUGGUGGAGCUGGGACACUCCUCGCAAUCUCACAAGCGCAAAGAAAGGGAGCUAAGCAAGGAGAGGAACUUCGAGGAUAAGAAAUUAGGGUUACCAUCGAGAGGAGGGAACAAAGGAAAUUUGGGGAUAAAGUAAAGAAUGAAGAACAAGAAGAGAAAGUAAACGGUGAUGAUAAAAU